AUGAAGAAGAAUGAAAGGAUCACUUUAAUGGAGAAGGCUCAUAGUGCUUUGAUUCUCUGUUUAAGUGACAAGGUGCUGCAAGAGAGAAAGACAAUUUCUCUUGAGGAGGUCCAGGCUGCAUUGAAAACCAAAGAAUUGCAGAAGAGCAAUUCAAAGAAGAAGCAAGCAGAUGAAGGGCAAAAUGGAAAUGAGGCUGGUGUAGUGGAACACAUUCAAGAAGCUAAAAUCCCAAAUGUGAUGGAGCGCAAAAUGGCAGAUGAUUGGAUCAUGGACUCAGGGUGUAGUUUCCACAUGAGCCCACACAAAGAAUGGUUCUCAAAUCUAAAUGGUGGAGAGUAUGGACAAGUAUUUUUGAGAAAUGAUCAUCCCCGCAAAGUCAUGGGCGUAGGAGACAUCAGACUGAAGCUGGCAGAUGGAUCAGUGAAGAUUUUGUCUAAAGUGAGGUACAUUCCUGAUUUAAAAAGAAACUUAAUCUCUCUUGGUAUUCUGGAAUCAAAAGGAUGUCAUUUUGUAUCAAAAGAUGGCAUUAUGAAUGUCAUAAAGAGAUGA